AGUCAGUCGUCAGUGAAAUGGAGGCCAGAGCUGAACUUCUCUCCUGUUCCAUCUGUCUGGAUCUACUGAAGGAUCCAGUCACUCUCAACUGUGGACACAGCUUCUGUCAGGUCUGUGUUGAAGGUUACUGGGACUCAGAAGGUGAGAGGAACAUCUACCAGUGUCCUCAGUGCAGACGGACCUUCACCUCGAGGCCUCUCCUGCAGAAGAACGUCAUGUUAGCAGAGUUAGUGGAGGAGCUGAAGAAGACUGGACUCCAAGCUGCUGACCUCUGCUAUGCUGGACCUGAAGAUGUGGCCUGUGACUCCUGCACUGGGAGGAAGCUGAAAGCCCUCAAGUCCUGUCUAAUGUGUCUGACCUCUUACUGUGAGCAACACCUCCAGCCUCAUCUAGAAGCUCCGGCCUUCAGGAGGCACAAGCUGGUCCAGCCGUCCAAGCAGCUCCAGGAGAUCCUCUGCCCUCAACACGAUGAGGAGAAGAAGAUGUUCUGUCGUACUGAUCAGCAGGUCAUCUGUCACCUCUGUGCUGAGGACCAACACAAAGACCACCACAUUGUCUCGGCCGCAGCAGAGAGAAGAGAGAGAGAGAAAGAGGUGGAUCAGAGUCGAGGAAGGAUCCAGCAGAGGAUCCAGGAGAGACAGGAAGAGCUGAAGCUUCUUCAGCAGGAGCAGGAGACCAUCACCGACUCUGCUGAUAAAGCAGUGAAGGACAGUCAGGAGACCCUCCAACAGCUGAUCCAGGACAUCCAGAGAAGAAUGUCUGAUGUGGAGCAGCAGAUCAGAUCCCGGCAGGAGACUGAAGCCACUCGAGUACAAGGACUUCAGGAGCAGCUGGAGCAGGAGAUCGCUGAGCUGAAGAAGAAAGAUGCUGAGCUGCAGCAGCUGUCACUCACCGACAGUCACUUGGUCUUUCUCCAGAACUGGUCCUCACUCUCAGAGGUCAGUGGAGACACGCUCUCCUCCAGGACCCACGUCCGUCCUCACUGCUGCUUUGAGGAAGUGUCAGCAGCCGUGUCAGCCAGCAGAGAGCGACUCCAGGACCUUCUGAGAGACACCUGCACCAACAUCUCACUCAUGCUCAGAGGAGAGCUCAAGACCAGAGCUGAGUUCCUCAGGUUCUCACGGGACAACACUCUGGAUCCAAACACUGCUCACUCACAGUUGUUGUUGUCUGAAGGACACAGGAAAGUGAGUUUCCCGGGAGUAAUUCAGUCUUUUCGUUUUCAUCCAGACAGUUUCAGUGAGUAUUUUCAGGCCUUGAGUAAAGAGCCUCUGACUGGACGUUGUUACUGGGAGGUGGAGAGGAGAGGAGAAGUUGAAGUAGCAGUCUCAUACAAGAACAUCAGCAGAUCAGGAGGAGAAAGUGGAUUUGGAUAUAAUGACAAAUCUUGGUCAUUAUGGUGUCAGGACUCUGGUUGUUCAUUCACACACAACAGCAUCAGAACUCAAGUCUCCACAGCUCCACCCUCCAGAGUGGGAGUGUACCUGGAUCACUCUGCAGGUCUUCUGUCCUUCUACAGCGUCUCUGGAACCAUGACCCUCCUCCACAGAGUCCACACCACCUUCACUCAGCCUCUACAUGCUGGGGUCGGGGUCGGGGUCGGGCCUUUCUUCAUGUCCUCCUCAUGUGAGAUCCUGAAGCUGAACUAAACAACAGUGUGAGUUGUGUCUCACAAACUCUUCCUGCUGGUUGUUGACUUCUUUCCUCUCCAGCAGUGUGUUUGUGUCCUUCUGUGUGUCAUGAUUGUUGGGCUCUAAACACUUGUGUGUGUGUGUGU